AACGAAAGAGCCUACUGGUUUUUGAAUUUGAAUACCUUAAGAGACCCAAAAAGAAAAACAAAUAAGUUUUUUUGGUUCUUGUCAGGGAGAGAUUAUUAAACUAACCGCACACAUCGCGCGCUCUUCUUCUUCUUUUUCUCCUCUCUCUCUCUCUCCACUCCAAUUCGUAGGGUUUCAAAAUUCACGUUUCAGAUCUUAAACCCUAGCCCUAAUCCACUCGCCAUGGGUGAACACGACGGAGGGUUUUCGUCCAUUCCCAGAUCCGACUUAAAGAUCGGAGACAACGAAUUGGAUGAGAAACAGAAGUUGAGUCAAAUUGGACGUGUUGACACAAUUAUAGAUUCAGGUAACACUGUUCAUGCUUCUAAAGACACUGAAAAGGCCAAUGAAAUGCCUCAAGUUUGUAAUAAGAUGUUGAGUCAAGAGGUCAAGACAGGAGGAGCUUUGGUUAAGAGAAAUGUAGCUGAGUCCGGGAGUUCCAGCAGCUGCUUGAAUGAUGCUUUAUCCUCGGUUUGCUCCUCCAGGAGAGGCGAUAAUAAGCCUGGUUCAGCUGAUGUUAACUCAGAGUGUGGGAGUUGUUCCAAUAAUGUCCCUGUUGAGGCAAGUGAUCCAAUGAAGCUGUGGGAAGCGAUGAAACAGAACGGGUUUCUUUCUAACCCGCACGGCAGCGGGGUUUCAGGGACGUCAAGCAGCUGCGUCGUCUCGUCUUCUCAUGGAGGUAUACCUGCUCCGAGGAAACGUGGUCGCAAAAGCAAGUAUAAUAAUGACGCCGCGAUGGUGGUGAAGAAGAGAAAGAUAGAGGUUGCGAGGAAGGAGGAGGUUGACAGGUUUGCUAGGCUAGCUGCUCCUAGUGGAUUGCUCAAUGAGCUGAACCCUGGGAUUAUAAACCACGUUAGAAACAAGAAGCAAGUGCUUUCCAUCAUCCGAAGCAUUGUCAAGUCUGAUAAAGAUUCUGGAAACUAUCACCACUCAGUGAGGCUUAAUAAUACUACAGUUGCGGGUUCUAGGAAGGACUUGGAUGAUGUGAACACUGGUGCCUCUAGAUCUGGUUUUAACCAAGGAUUCAAGUGUGGCAUCAUGCCAGAAGAUAACUACUCCAUGCACUACCACGAGGAGAAAGGCACAGAUGGUGAAGAGAACAGCAAGUUCUCGGGAAAUGCCAGUUCCUUGUCUAGCGAAGACGCAGCGAGUUUGAACCGUGAUAGUGUUCUCACUGUCAAAGCGGCUACAGUCGCGUCUCAGUGGUUGGAACUGCUUCAUCAAGACAUCAAAUGCCGUGUUUCCGCUCUUCGCCGUAGCAAGAAGAGGGUUCGAGCAGUUGUGACGACAGAACUACCUUUCUUAAUAAGUAAAGAGUUCCCAGCUGAUCAGGAGAAUGAUCCAAGUGUACUCUUCACUGGAGCUUCGAGGGCUUCAACGGUGGAUAACCACAAGAACAGAUGGAUGGCGCUUUUUAAACAACUCGAGCAAACUCUAUCUGAAGAAGAGAAACAAUUGGAGAGCUGGUUAAGCAAAGUGAGAGAGCUGCAAUCACAUUGCGACCAAGGUCUGCAACACUUGAGCUUGAGUUCUGGUCAGAACUUCUUACAGUUAGGAAUGCCAUUGUACUCUAGAGCUGCGGAUGCACUGAUAUCAGACAAGGAUUUAGCCGUUAGAGCAGCCGCAGCCUCCAUAUAUUCCACCUGCAAUUUUCUUGCAUCAGAGGAGAACAUAGCCUGUACCUGAACUCCUCUAAAACUUCUGACCAGUUUCUGAUUCAAUUUUUUAGUUGACAACCUUUUCUCAGUUACUUUAGUGUGUAAGCUUUUAAUAGCAAAGUUUCUUUGUAUGUGCAUCUGUAACACUAGGAGCAUUGCUCACCACUCUUGUCUUUUCUUCUUCUAUAGAUUUAUUUUCUCUGCAAUAAGAACCCUUGUAUGCUGAAUUUGUUAACACCUGAAAGUUAUAGACUUGCCUUGUGUUGAAUAAUAUUGCAUUGAAUCA